AUGAUGAUGCUUCGUUUUACAUCACAAAUCUCUCUUAUUUUGUUGGUGUUACUAUGUGCAGUGACAUUCAACAGAAUCUUUUGCUGCCAUGAAAGGGAUCGAAGUUUACUAUUAAUCUUCAAACAAGGCGUUGUAGAUCCUUCUUCUCGCCUCUCCUCUUGGUCAACUCAACAAGAUUGCUGUGAGUGGCAUGGAGUUUUAUGUGAUCUCAACACCGGCAGAGUCACAAAUCUUUUUCUGCAAAACCAAUUUCAGAAUGGUUCAGAAUCCUUGGGAGGUGAAAUCAACUUACCUUCAUUACUUGAACUUGAAUUUCUACAAACACUGGACUUGAGCUUCAAUGAUUUUCAACGUAUAAGCAUGCCAUCGAUCAAUACUUCUGCUCUUGUUCAUAGUCAUUUACCUGCAAAUUUUUCCAAGCUUUAUUUCCUGAGAUUAUCACACAAUGAUCGUCUUCGCAUUGAUAAUCUUCACUGGCUUUCCCGACUUCCUUCCUUGACCAGUCUUGAUCUCAGUGGCAUUCAUCUUCCUAUGGAAAAGAAUUGGGUUCAAUCAUUAGCUUCACUACAUCUGGAGAGAUUAUACCUGCGUGAUUGUCAGUUGACCAGCUUCAUUUUGUCUAUUGAGAAUGCCAGUUUUAGCUCACUCUUAUUUCUCGAUCUUGGUCUAAAUGAUUUUAGACAUGGAUUGCCUAAAUGGUUGUUUAAUCUUAGUAGUGACCUCUAUUAUAUUGAUCUCAGACAAUGUAAUGUAAGAGGUCAAAUUCCAGAUUUUUCGGCCUACCGAAACCUGCAUAUCUUAGAACUAUCAAACAACAAACUCACAGGAUCAAUACCAGAUUGGUUAGGCCAGCUUGCUCGCUUAACUAGCCUUAAUCUAUCUAUGAACUGGUUUCAUAGUUCCAUUCCUUCCAGUCUCGGAAACUUAUCAACUUUAUCAUAUUUAGAUAUUAGCUUUAACCAAUUGAGCGGGACGCUUCCAAAAGCCCUGGAGCAAACCUAUGUGAUAUUGGGUUUGUCACACAACUCAAUUGGAGGAGAUAUAUCAAACUUGUUGCUGACCAGUGAUUUUGUACUUAUGUCAUAUAAUAAGUUUGAAGGACAGCUUCCUCGUAUAUCAUCUAAUGUCAUCGCUUUGGAUUUGGCUUACAACUCUUUCUCUGGAUCUUUAUCCUCUCUUUUAUGUCACACUGAGAGUGACAUAAAUUCCUUGUUGUAUUUGGACACAUCCAAUAAUUUUCUGAGUGAAGAACUUCCAGCUUGUUGGAGCAACUGGCCACGCUUGUCUUACAUCUACUUAGGGAGUAAUAAGUUGCCUGGUGAAGUUCCUCCAUCCAUGGGUUCAUCAUUGCUUAAGCUUAGGUCUCUAGAUUUACAUAAUAAUAGCUUUUCUGGAGACAUACCAUGGACUUUUCAGACUUGUGCAUCUCUGGUGCUGAUCAACCUGGGAGGAAACAACUUUGCUGGAACUGUACCAAUAUGGAUGCAGCAAAGUGUAGCAGUUUUAAAACUGAGAUCCAAUCAAUUCAUAGGCGACAUUCCACCACAGAUAUGUAAUCUGUCUAAUUUAAUUGUGUUGGAUGUUGCAAAUAACAAACUUUCUGGAUCCAUUCCUUCCUGUCUACACAACUUAACUAGCUUGGUUUCAGGACUUCUCAGUAAUGCUCUAAUCAAUGAAGCUGCAGAUCUGCCUGUGUGGGUUAACUACCCAACUCCAUAUGAAUUCAAAAUUGAUUUGCAUAUAAAAGGUCAAGAAUUAAAGUAUGAAAAGAACCUAAAACUUGUGCGGAGCAUUGAUCUCUCAUCUAAUAAGCUAUCUGGAGAAAUUCCUGCACAGUUGUUUGGACUCAACAUGUUGCAAUCGUUGAACUUGUCUUAUAAUCAUUUGACAGGAGGGAUAUCAGAGAGGAUUGGGGAGAUGAAAUUUCUCGAGUCUCUUGAUUUCUCCCACAACAGUCUUCAUGGCAAUAUUCCUCAAAGCUUCUCCACUUUGUCUUUUCUAAGUGUUUUGAAUCUGUCAUAUAACUACUUCAUUGGACAAAUUCCACUAGGGACACAGCUUCAAAGUUUUGAUGCAUGGAGUUACAUUGGGAAUCCUGAACUUUGUGGUGAUCCUCUUCAAAAGAAAUGCACAACAGAAAGAAACCCAAAUAAUACAAUACAACUACUUGAAGGGAAUGACGAUGACGCUUUUCUAAAGUCAUUGUAUCUUGGAAUGGGUGUUGGAUUUGCGGUUGGAUUCUGGACAGUUUGUGGUUCUCUGUUCUUCAAUAGAGCAUGGAGGCAUACUUGUUUCCGGUUCUUUGAGUUCAUAACCGGUCAAAUCUACGUCUCAGUGGCCACAAAGCUUCGGAGAUUAUUCUCUUUAUGGGAAUAAGUUAUAGGAAAAUGGCGACAGCAAGGAGCUUGAGAGGACGAGUUCAGGCGAAGGAUUGAGGAGA